GGUUGAAACUUGAUGAGGAAGAGGGUGCAGGGACCAACAACAUAUAAGUUAAUGGAGUUGCAGAGAGACUGAGAACUGAACCAGAAGAUUUUACAGCUUCUCUUCUUCUUCUUUUUCUUUUUCUUCUUCUUUUUCUAAAGCACAGAAAGCGAAGCUUCUGUUUUCCAUCGUUAUUAUUUAUUCUCAACGUAAACCCAAUAGGGGAAAGAAGGAAAGAAAAACAAGAAAAGAAAAUGGAGUUUGAUCUUGAGAAUCCAUUGACGAGCUUGGAAGAAGAUUACCACCAACCUGAUACUAUCCCAGUUCUGUUCUCUACUGAAUCUGAUCACAUGCCUUGUAAAAAUCUUCUACAAAUCUUGAAAACCAGUGACUUUCUCUUCUCUUUUCGUCAUGAAGCUCUCUCUCUCAUUUUACAGGCUCAGUAUUCUUGCAACUUUGACCAGUCAGUAUCUUAUCUUGCUGUUAAUUACAUGGAUCGGUUCAUCUCCAGGCAAGAAAUUCCGCAAGGAAAGCCCUGGGUGUUGAGACUACUUGUUACUUCUUGUCUUUCUCUUGCUGCAAAGAUGAAUAACACAGAGUUUUCAGCCUCUAAUUUUCAAAGAGGAUAUGGAUUCAUGUUUGAUGCUCAGACAAUUCAAAGGAUGGAGCUUUUGAUUCUUGAUGCUCUGAAAUGGAGAUUGAGAUCAAUAACACCUUUCUCAUUUACCCAUUUCUUCAUUUCCUUUAUUCAACUCAAAGAUCCUCCAUUAAAACAAGCUCUCAAAAAACGAGCUACCCAUCUGAUCUCCUUAGCUCAAAAUGAAAUUAGUAUAUUAGAGUUCAAGCCAUCGAUAGUUGCAGCAUCAUGUCUUCUUCUAGCAUCUCACGAGCUGCUCCCAUUACAGUUUCCUUCUUUCAAAGAAUCAAUUUUGACUUCUGAGUAUGUAAAUAAAGAGAGUCUGUUAAGGUGUUUUAAUGCAAUGGAAGAGAUGGUGGAGAAGGAGGAAUACGAGUCAAAGUUAGAUACACUGUCGAGCACGACGACUCCGUUGAGCGUCCUGGAUUGGCACCGUACGAGAUCAGAAAGUGAGAGCAGCACCGGAGACGCCGUUAACGUGGACGUUACGGUGCCAGAGAAGAGGAGAGAAAUCAAACGGCGGAGAUUGAAUGGGUGUAGCGGUGAUGAAAGUAGGGUCCACAUAUUCCAACGGUGUUGAUAAGAUCAAGAGGAAGGUGAGGAAUCAGAAGAUAACGGCUCGUCACUGUAACCUCAUUUUCUCAUUUAGUUUUGGAAUGGAAAAAGUAAAAACCAAAAAAAAAAAAAAGUUAUUUAUUUUUUGUUUUUUCUUUUUUAUAAAAUUGGUCACUUAUUCAA